UUUGGCUGCCUGCAGAGCGCGCGUGCCUGUCUCGCGCUGUGGUCAUUGUUACAAACUGUCGCACCUAGACGGCGACAUAGAGCUCGAGUCUGCUUAAAAAACAACAACAUUUCACCCUCUUUUCCUCCUGGCCAAAAUGCCUGAGAGCGUUUGCCGUCAUGUAGUAAAACGUUGACAAGUAGAGGAUUUAUUUCGGAGGAAUGAAAGCUUAAAGAGCACCGAAGGAGGACAACAUGGCACUGCGGGAGGAAGGAGAUGUUUUGCACAGCAAAAUCCGCCAGCACGGUGGUGUUGUUGGCAAUGCAAACAGCGCGGAGAGCUUCAGGAACGGCUAUGUGAAGAGCUGCGUCACUCCAUUAAAACAAGACCAUCAAAGGGGCUUUUUAUUCACCGUCUGUAGGUUUUGCAAUGAGGACAUCCUCAACUCCAAACUAUUCCGAGGCUCGGCUCUCUACGUGGGAGCGCUGGCAGUCUUGGCGCUCUCCUUUUUAAUUUCUAAGAGCUUUCAAAGUGAACGCGGCGUAUCGGAGCUGCGGACUUUUCUGUUUGAUUUCUCCCAGUCCAUCAGUCCUUUAUUCAGCAUAGGCUGUGCGUAUUUCUUCCUGACCCUCUAUCUGCGGAGGAAAAAGAGGGAAAGCAGCAGAUGUUGGCUUUUGUCUUUACCAGCAUCAUGCUACUUGGGGGAUUACAUGGUUUUGCGCUUUUUGCAAUGGGGAGAGGAGCACCAGCAGAUGCAGAUGAUGGGCAGGUUACUGUUUGUGCUGGGCUGUGUGGGUCUGCUCACUCUCAUCCCCACUCUCAAACUCAAACACAGCGUGUUGAUCCUGGUGUUCGCCAGCCUGGUGUGGCUGCUGUCCUUCACCAGCCUCAGCUGUCUGUCUCCAUCUCUCAGGCCGGUGCUGGCGUGCAUGGCCGGGGUCUCCGGCUCUCUUCUGGCACUCUGUUUUGAUAACGGUUGUCCACUUAGGGAGACGGCCAACAGAACUCCCAGUGCGGAUGAGAAAGUUCCCGUCAUUAGACCCAGGAGAAGGUCCAGCUGUGUUUCUUUGGGAGAAACGCCAAGCAGCUAUUAUGGCAGUUGUAAGAUGCCCCGCAGACCUUCUCUGCCAUGUAUUUCCAGAGAACAGAUGAUCCUGUGGGACUGGGACCUGAAACAAUGGUACAAGCCACAAUAUCAGGGUGCAGUGAGUGGGAAUGGUGUGGAUCUCUCUGUGAUAAAUGAGGCCAGGAACCUGGUGUCAGACCUGCUGCUGGACCCCUCUCUCUCGCCCCAUGUUCUCUCUUCACUGCGCAGCAUCAGCAGUCUCAUGGGAGCUUUCUCUGGGUCCUGUCGUCCCCGGGUCAACCCCUUCACCCCCUUCCCUGGCUUUUAUACCUGUGCUGAGAUAGAGGACCCCUCAGAGAGAGGAGACAGAAAGCCACUUAAGGGUCUGAGCAGCAGGAACAGUCUACCCACCGCUCAGUUGAGGCGCAGUUCAGCCUCUUCCUCUCUGCCUCCCCUGGAGUCUGCCGCCUCACGCUGGGAACGCACCAAUGGAAAGAGAUCUCAAUCUGAGCUCAACAGCCAAAGUUGUGUGUCUAAUGGGCCCAGCAGCAACCUGCUCACCAUCCCUAAACAGAGAUCCUCCUCCAUUACCCUCAACUACGGCCAUACUGUCCCCAGAAGACCAGGUGCAUCUCCCAGCCUGAGUCUGGUCAGCUCACCGAGUCACAGCCUCUCUGCUGUUCCCGGCUCCUCUAUGGUCACACGCUCUCCUGUGGAGUUCCCAGACACGGCUGAUUUCCUCACCAAGCCCAGCGUCAACAUGCACAAACCUCUGGGCUACACACUGAGCUCACCUGAUUUCCAGCAGCAGUAUCGUGGCCCUGCUUCAGUCCCUUUGUGCACCAGUUGUGGUCGGCAGAUGGUGAAGGGUGUCUCCAAUGUGGAUGUGGGCGAGGGCAAUCACCCAGCAUCCAGUGAAAUGCAACGAAUGCGCUCAGCUGAAGGUGUGGAGUAUAGAGGGGAAAAUCUGAUUCGAGAGGAGAGCAUGGAGGCUGAGUCUCAGGAGGAGAAAACUCCAGACACAGCAGGGGAGAAACUGAAAAGCCAGACCAAAGAAGAGGAACAGACUUUAAGUACCGAGCAGUCCUCACCAGAUCCUGAGGGAGAGAAAGAGUUCAUAUUGGAUCCCAUGCUGAUAGAGCAUGAAUCACUCAUGGAGAAGAUCAACACCUGGAACUUCCAGAUCUUUGAGUUGAUGGGCACGACGGGAGGGAAGACUGGCAGGAUUCUCAGCUAUGUGGCAUACACUUUGUUCCAGGACACGGGUCUGUUCGAGAUCUUCAAAAUCCCUGUUAAGGAAUUCAUGAUGUUCUUUUGCGCUCUGGAGAAUGGCUAUCGUGAUAUCCCCUAUCACAACCGUGUCCAUGCCACUGAUGUUCUACAUGCAGUGUGGUAUCUCACCACCCAGCCAAUACCAGGCUUUCAGCAAAUCCUUAAUGAGCAUGUCACAGGAAGUGAUACAGAUUCAGACAGUGGAAUCUCUCCAGGCAGGGUGGCAUAUGCCACAUCCAAAAGUUCCUCUUUCUCAGAUGACAGUUAUGGCUGUCUGGCCUGGAAUGUGCCUGCACUGGAACUCAUGGCACUAUAUGUAGCUGCUGCUAUGCAUGACUAUGAUCAUCCUGGUCGCACAAAUGCCUUUCUUGUAGCCACUAAUGCUCCUCAGGCGGUGUUGUAUAACGACCGCUCAGUUCUGGAGAACCAUCACGCAGCAUCUGCCUGGAGCCUUUUUCUUUCCCGGACAGAGUUCAACUUCCUUGGCAACUUGGAACAUGUUGAGUUUAAGCGCUUUCGAUUCCUUGUGAUCGAGGCCAUCCUCGCCACAGACCUGAAGAAGCACUUUGACUUCCUUGCUGAGUUUAAUUCCAAGGUUAAUGAUGUGAAUAGUCCAGGCAUUGACUGGACUAAUGAAAAUGACAGGUUAUUAGUGUGCCAAGUGUGCAUUAAGCUGGCAGAUAUUAAUGGGCCCGCUAAAGACCGCAGACUUCACCUCAAAUGGACAGAGGGUAUUGUCAAUGAGUUUUAUGAACAGGGUGAUGAGGAGGCCUCACUAGGUUUACCCAUUAGCCCAUUUAUGGACCGCUCAGCACCACAGUUAGCAAAGCUACAGGAGUCUUUUAUUACACACAUCGUCGGGCCUCUUUGUAACUCUUAUGAUGCUGCCGGUCUGCUGCCAGGAUACUGGAUUGACGAGGAAUGCUCCGACGAUGAAGAGGAAACGGAAGACAUUGAAACAGAAGAUGAAGAGUUGGACGAGGAUCUUGAACCAAAAAGGCGGAAGGGUCGACGCCGAUUGUUCUGCAAAAUUAUGCAGCACUUAACAGAAAACCACAAGGUGUGGAAGAAGACCAUUGAGGAAGAAGAUAAGUCCAAAGAGCUGGAGACUCAGCAGAAGAUGCAAGCAGAGAGCCUAAGCCUUCCUACAUCCAACUCCUCCUCUGAUGACAUCCAGGCCAUUCAAGAGGAGGCAGAGGAAGAGGAUCGGCAAUAGCUGGAGGAUUAAGGUCAAGAAUUGAAGCUUAGAGAGGGGCUUGAACAGAGUUGAAUGACCCCUCCCUCUCCUUCACCUAAACACACACGCACAAACAUUGACACCCAGAGGAAGACCGUGCUGAAUCUCCCCACGCUGAAAUUAGUCACUGUGCCGACACUCUGAAGCUAAUGCAGUUCACAUUGUGUUGAAAAAAAUGGCCUUACUACUGUGAGAGGACCCUCGGUGGGAGCCCCAAUCCUAUGCACUUUCACCCCAUGGAGAAUCAGUGGAGGCUGAACACAGCUUUGAAGAUGCAAAAUUGUGUGGUGGUAUUAGAAAAAGAAGAAAACAGGCAGGGAAGGAUGUGGCAAAGAAUCGUGCCACCCAUGGUUACCUGACUGUGAUGUUGCCUUGAACGUAAAGCUCUUAAUUCUCCCAUAGGUACUUAAGUCAAAUAGGAGACACAAAUGACUAGAGAAUAAAGAAGACAGUGACACAGUUGACACCCGUUACCAAAGUGAACAGUUCAAAAACACAGAAAGACUGUUUCAGGCCCACUGUCAGGAAGCAUAACUCAAAAUGUGCCUGUCUGAACUUUUGUGAUAUAUAUAUAAUUGUUUGUUUUUUAUUUUUCUUGUGGUCCAGACAAUGGACUAUGUACGCUGCACUGAACGUGCAGUCCCCAAUUCAUGCUGGCGACAUCAAACACUGUAUUACUGAACAGAGUCACAAGGGCAAGUGGAAAUGCUGAAAUUUUUUGACAAAAAAAAUGACCUGAUUUCUGCAUCGUUUUGGAUGCUUUUUAUUUGUGUGCAUCACCUUCCUUCAUUUUUCGUUUGCCUUUGUUGUUUAUACAGUUGAUUUUUAUUGAAUUUUUUUUCAUUCCUCUUCCGGAAUGCCGAGUUGCCAAUCCUUGAGUUUUCUCUGUAUAAUCCAUCUUUGUUCUAAAGCAUAGAAAAUGGGACAGGGAAGCUGUUCCAAUGAAGGGAUGUUUCUCUUUUUUUACGUUUGAAUAGAUAUAUAUUUUUUCACAGUUACUCAGGAUUCAUGUGAAGGAUCGUUCCUUGUUUUGUGGGGGGAAAAAAUAAUUCUGCAAUUCCGAAAUAACUUGCACGUCGAAACGUUCUUUUCAGAGGCGGAGAAAAAUGUUUCUAUUUUUUGUAUGAACAACGUGAAAGUCAUCAACAAAAAGAGAUGCAAAGUCCUGGAUUUUACCCCAGUCCUUAUCAGCUGCUCCAGACCAGUAUAACCAUGUUUAUUUUUGCAAAGACCCCCUUAAAAGCAUUGGGAUCAGGAAUGUUUGGUGAAAAUGAAAUGUUUGUUUGAUUUAGCAUGCACGUCAUAGACUAAACAUUGCUUUGGGGGUUACUUUAUGUUUGGCAUUAUACAAACAUACAAACACAUGCUUUUACUUAAACUAAUUAUUGCCAAACGCAUAUUCUGGCCAGUGCAUAAAUUACUAGUAAUGCAGGGGUUUCACCUUGGAAGCUGUACACGUUUUCAUUCUUUCUUUUUUUAAGUACAUUUUCGUAUUCUCCACAAUAAGGCAGGUUUAAUACUAAUAGUUUUCUAUUUUAUUUCAUCUGAAGCAAGAACUUAAGGCAUUCCACUAUAAUAAUGGGGGGUGUCUGGGGAGGUGGAGACUGACUCGCUCUCAGUUUCUUCCUCUUUGCCUCACCUUGCCUAAACUCUUUUUGUCUCUGUAGAGGAAAGUUCUCAAGUAGGCAGUGUAAAUCAAGCUUGUUUAUUUAGGAGGAAAUAACCUGAUAUAAAUGUGCACAUUUUACUACCAAACAAGUGUUUAACCUCUGCACAGAAAGAAUACUUGCAUAUAUAUAUAUAUAUAUAUAUAUAUAUAUAUAUAUA